UUGACAAUAAUUCAUUUUGCAAUCAGGCGCAAUCUUCCACACCCUCAUGAGUGGAUCUCGAGCAUAAAUUCUUGGACCAACUUUCUUUUCCAGAAAUGGGACCCAGGACUUUCCAGUGACGCUUGUAACGAAGCAAGAGGUGUUGUGGCCUCUAAUGCACCUCAUAAAUUCACGGCUGAAAGAACCUUUGCGAGAGGUGGGUCAGUCCCAGUCAUGAUUGGACUAACCCUAAUAAACGGUUUGGGAGACGAAACACAAACGCAGGAUGUACGCAACCUUCCUGCACGCACCAGGUAUGGAUGCAACAGCUUCUUCAAAGGGAACCUAGUAAAAGUCGUCUGUGUCUACAAGGAAUGA